AUGACGUCCUUAACACACCUUGGCCUGGUUGUCCUCGCCUUUUCUCCCGGCAUCCAUGCUUUACCUGCCACCCAGGCGAAGCCAGCUCAAACAGCGCCUCGGACCGACACCCGGGCGCUCGACGAAGCCGGCGUCAUGCACCUUGUCGACUGCCACCCGCUAGAGACAGCCACAAACUCGACACAGACCUGGAUGUCGCUCGUACUUUACUGCGCCAACAGCGCCGACUGCAACAGCGUCGCCCACUUUCCCGAAGCACGCGACAUCUGUGUCAUGAAGACGAGCAACUCGUCGCUUGACUAUCACAAGUGGGAGAACAGCGACUGGCAGCACUGUUAUUUUGCCGAGAGGGGCGUGUUCAGCUGGGCGCUCAGCAGGUUUGCGCGGCUGUUUCCGCCUGCGACCGAGGUCGGGAGGUAUCUCCUUGAGAAGGUGGACAAUACGCCUCUCUGGAAGUGCGAUGCCCGGAUGCUGCUUCAGAAAGUGAUCACGAACCCUAUCCCGUCUCGGGUUUCCGUACUCGCACUCUCCGCAUCGAAUGGGAGGCAGUUUCUCGUGGACGAGCGUUUGGUGCUUCCUGAGACCGCCCAAGUCGCUGUAGAUUGCCAAGGCUUGGGCGGCCACGAGUCGGCCACCUCAUGCUAUUUUACCUUCAGUUUGCCAGGAUAUUCCAUCCUCAAGUGUCUCAAUGCCUACAUCUCGGAGGGCGAUUCAAUGGGAUCGGAGAGCAGCGACUCGGAGAGGCUGGAUGACCGCAGGCUGUCCUGGGACAUGUCGCUCAUGUUCGGUGGAGUGGGCUCAAGCUUGUAA